UAGGGAAGUCUGGGGGAAGAAGGGAUGCGGGGCCGCCUUGCCCUCGUUUCACCCCGCCGGCCUACUUCUUGCUCUCAGACUGAGCGCCAGAGGGCGCUCGAGGACUCUCUCCCAGGAGUGCUUAGGUGUGUGGCGGCGGCGGCGGUUUGAAAGUCCUGCUCUGAGAGCUGCACGCAUGGCUGACCAGGCGGCGGCCAAGACAGCGGAAUCCGGCACGUCCUUUGUCCUUGGCUCUUCCUGGCCGGGCGGUGAAGCAGCGGCCGAGGCCGCACGCGGGAAGGGGACAUCCCGGGCGGCCUAGGCAUUGGGCCGAGUCAGGGGCGCUUUCGUUCCUUCCCUCCAACUCGACCCCGCAGAGCCGGAGAGUCGCCCUGCCCUCUCCAGCCGGUCUCGUGGAAGUCUCUCCCCCGGGCCUUGCACGGGGUUCCCUGUUCCUGCCCGCGAUCUUCCCUCACCGCAGGGAGCCACGAGGGGUGGGAGGAGAAACGAAGAGCGGCGGCCGGCCGCAGCCCCUCCCAAGCUCUCACGGGAAAAAGGAGUUGCGGAAGCGAGAGAGAAGCGAGCAGCUCCGCCAAGGCCGGGCGGGGGAGCGGGAGGGCAGCCGGCCGCCGUUACUCGGAGUUCCUCCUUCUGGGAGCGAUAAUCUAUUAGCCCCGGAGGGAGGGGACUGCGGAAGGGAGGAGACUAGGAAGUGGGUGGCGGGGCCUUGGGAGAAGGGGGCCGUGCUGAAGGCGCAGGCAGGAGAAACCUGGAGCCGCUGCCGCCGCCGCCGCCAACCUGGAGAGAAGGAAGGGAAGGAGGGAGCUCAGACAAAGGAGAAUACCCGCCGGAAAGCUGGAAAUCGCUUGUGUCCUCGGCGCGAGCCGCCUCUUGUUGGUUUCUAAGACUUUGCUGGUGAUCCAGAGCUAAGAGGCUUGGCCACGGAAGCGAAGACAGAACCUUUCUGCGCCCGAAUGGCUGCGUGAGGCGCGAGUCCUCGGGCUCAGAUGACGCACUGACCGGGCCGGGAGCAGCUCUUGGGGGAGGUUCUGGAGCCGGCUCGAAGCCGUCACCGAGAGCUUUCUUUGCGCUUUGGGUCGCCAGCAUGAGCGAGUUCUGGUUGUGCUUCAAUUGCUGCAUCGCAGAGCAGCCUCAGCCUAAAAGGAGACGGAGGAUUGACCGAAGCAUGAUAGGCGAACCAACAAACUUUGUCCACACAGCCCAUGUAGGAUCAGGUGACCUCUUCAGUGGAAUGAAUUCGGUCAGCUCCAUACAGAGCCAGAUGCAGUCCAAAGGAGGCUAUGGCGGGGGGAUGCCUUCCAAUGGCCAGAUGCAGCUGGUGGAGACAAAGGCCGGAUAACUCUGGGAGUCCCUCGAGUUCGUGUGAAUUUCCGGAUCUCGUCUACUGUUUUGGGGUUUUUGAUUUGGAGAUUUGGGGCUUUGGGAGUUGUUUUCUGGUUUGGAAUUGGGGCGCGCGGGCUGAGCCUGCUUCACGUGUUCAUUUUGAGAAAGAAAUGGGCCGGGACCGCGUUCGUCCUCUCGUGACGGCUCUGGUGACGUUUCUCUGCCGUGCUCCAAAGACGCUGAAGUGGAUCUCGUCGUCCUUCCAGCGGCGUGCGUGCGUCUGGCUUCCCCCGCACCGUGACUAUAGAGUAGCCCGGCUUGCGGUGUUCUGUCUUAGGCGUAUUCUCAAGGCCUAUCCGGUAGGCGACUGGCUUUAGCAUCUGCCCCUCGUUUCCUCUAAACCGCCUGUCCCAGCACCUUUCUUGUCCUGACUUCGGUCCCGGGCAUGCCAGAGAAGGUUGGUCUCUGGACAAGCACGACGACCCUUUCUCCUCUUGUUGGAAGCCCGGCUGAGCCCCUGGGCUUGAGGAAGCCGCCAAGUUUUCCGGGUGGCCCCCACUCUCUCGGCAUCACAGCAAAGAUCGCUCAUCACAGCUGCUUUCCUUCGGCGUCCCUUUUCGUCCUCUGCCAUUUUGAAACGAAACAAAGCUGGCGUUCAGAAGACACGACGUUGUAAAUGUUGAGUAUAUUUAUUUAAAAGGACGCCGUCAAGCCUGCAAAGAGCAGAUGAGUGCUUCCAUCCAUGCUCUCUCUUUUCCCUUCUCCUCCCUGCUGUCUUCUUUUAUGUUCCUCCUUAGACUGCCCGUCAUCAGGAUGUUGAACUGCUCCCCACACAGUUGGCAGGCUUGGGUUUUUCAUCUAGCUGUUUCCAGGCCAGCUUACGUUGCUCAUAGCAGCGCACUCACAGGGUCACUUUUUACUCUUGAGAGGCGAGAAGCCUUUUGCUCAGGUUCCAAAGUACGUGAAUAUUGCACUGUCUCCAGAUUCUAGAGCUGAUUCUUCUCCCCUUCCUCAUCCCCACGUCUUGCUAUCACGGUUGUCAGAAUAGAGUCGUUGGUUUGAUUUUCUGUGGAUUUCUUUCAAAAGCACGUGCCCAAUCCAGCUCCUCCGUGCCUGCCUGUGAUCGAACAGUAGGGUAACCCGAGUAUCCCCACCAGCCUGGAAAUAAACGGAUGGGAAGAAGGAAAUGUCAUCUGAUGACUUCCUGUUUCCCUCUCAGCUGAGCCUCACUUCCUGCUGAAACAACGAAUGAAGUCAGUGCUAGAUGCAUGAAGCAUCUUAUUCUGGCACUUCCUACGUGGAUUCCCUGGAAAGGAAACCGCCAUCUUGGUCAGAUGCAAGCAGGUUUGCCCAAGAGUGCCAGACUGCUGUCUCCUUGCUGGCCCCCAGAUCCUUUUCCUUAGUGAAGAUCAUCUUCUCCUUGGGCUUUGGCAGGAAAGUCGCCCUUGUCCUUACUGCAUCUUCUUGCAUUUCCUCUUUCUGGAGAUCCACCUGUGCCUGGCCCAGCAUUGUUCCCAAGGCAGUAUUGGCAGACUGAGUGCUGCAUCAUCCCUCCCUACAAUGUUAUCAGAGGCUUGCUCGCACUUGAAAAGAUCAGCGCUCUUUGUAACAGGUAACAGUUACAGGCCAGCUCCUCGGUUUCCACUGUUUCCUGUAUGGAAAUUCUUCAGCUGCACAUGAAGCAUAUUGUGCCCAAUGCAGGGCUGCUACCCUGCAGGAGGAGCAGUACUUGCAGGUCUUACCUUGCUUUUGUUCCCUGAGGGCUGAAAUAGAACAGCAGGAGGAUCCAGAAGUCAUUGUCUCUUCCAAAUCAUGUUUUUCUUCCCUUUAGAGUGGAGUCCAUUUUCCCUCCCAUUAGAGAUAUUCCAGUUGUUUAUUCCUUCUCUGUGAUCUCAUUUGGAGUGUUCUUUGCACAAACACUGAAGUGGUUUGCUAUUUCCUCCAGCUCUUUUUACAAAUGGGGAAAGUGAGGCAAACAGGGUUAAGUGACAUGCCCAGGGUUAGACAGCUAAUAAAUGUCUGAGGUCAAAUUUGAACUCAGACCUUCCUAAUUCUAGGCCUGCCACUCUGCACAUUCCUGUUCCAGAAGACCCAAUGUUGUAAGCAAGGACUUUGUUUUCUCAGUCCAUCACUUUCCAAACUGCUCCAACGAUACCUUUAAACCACUGUGGAUGAUUGUCACAGGGAGGAGAUUUACCUUUAAAGGACACAAAAACUUCCCAAAUGUGGAACCACCUUUUCUGGAGUUUUUCCUACUGAGGAUGAAAAGUAAGAAGGAUGUUGAAGUUUUGAGGCUGGUUUUGACUGACUUUCAGGCAUUUUAAAGGUUGAUUUCAAUAGGUCUAAGGGCCAAACAGUUCUCAUUUUAAAAUGGAAGCAAAUAAAAAAUAGCCCAACGGGAGGGGAGUAGGAGGAGGGGAGGAAAGAACGGGAAUCCUGUAGCCAUGGAAAAGCCUUCGAAAUUCAUUCACUAAUAAAUAACUUCAUUAAAAAACAGAGCCCACUUGGCCCAGUUUCGUGUCUAGCCCACUUUAAGAAAAUGCAUUUAUUUUUACACUGGGAGGUAACUUGCAUAAUGGCGGCUAACCAUGAAGUGGUGCCGAUCUGUGAAAAGCAAAAUGAGGGGUGAGUGGGGCAAAAGGGGGAUUUAGGAAGGGAAGUCAGUAUUACAAUACAGUUGGCCCGUCCACAGACAAAUGUUGUGAUUACAGUAGUUGUUCCUUUUGCCAUCAAUUAUCAAUUCAGAGCUUGCUGCUGUUCACUCUUCCCUGGGGAAAAUUGGCAUAUUUUUGUAGCAUACUUUAGAGCCCACGUUUUUGGUAAACUGUGUUCAUUCUUGAACAACGUCAUUCCCAUGUUGGCUUGGAGAUAUUGAAAUGAAAGUGUUCGCUUUGACUCAAUAAAUGUUUUCUUCCGGUU